AUGCCCUCAUCUGAGAACGGCGCUGCCAUCAAGGCUAAGAGCACGGCCUAUUUGGCGUUUCACGGCUUCAAGGAGGAGAAGAUGGUCUUUGAUGCCAGAGUCAAUGCUGUCUUCAAACCCGAGCUCCCGGACCAGCUGCGGUUGGAGCUUAGAAUUCGCGAGACGUUUGUUGAAGCUACUCUGGACGCCAAUGCUAUUGCAGAGGCGGUAUGGAACAAGGCUCAGAAGUUGACACCGGAAUCCAUUGUCAGAGUAACAGGCCAUGUCCAACUGGUCAAUGGGAGUUCCGGUGCAAACAAGGCCUACACAAUAAUCCAUGUGACAAACUUGGACAUCAUUGCUCUGGCGUCUCCGGACCUGCCCACGUUGCGCGGCAAGGAACUCUCCGGAGUUGGGCUCGAGGAGCGGCUCGAUCAUCGCAUUCUUGAUGUGCGCCGCGCCGCCUCCGGAGCCAUCUUCAAGCUCCAUUCGGGCAUGUGCCAGCUGAUUGUCGAGUUCCUCUGUUCAAACGGCUUCCAUUGGAUUCACACGCCACGCAUCAUCACGGCCACCAUCCCCGGCGACAACGAGUUCUUCCAUUUGCCAUACUUUGGCCAGGAUGCAUGGCUGGCCCAGAGCUCGCAGCAUCACAAACAGAUGGCUCUUUCUAUGGACAUGCAGCGCGUGUUUGAGAUUGGACCCGUGUUCCGUGCUGAAGUCAAGUCGAGCAAGUCUACGAGACAUAUGACGGAGUUCACCGUCCUGGAUAUAGCCAUGGCUUUUCAGGACGACUACCACGAGGUGGCCGAGCUGAUUGAAUCCAUGCUGGUGUUUGUCUUUCGGGGUCUUCAGGAACGCAAACAGUACAAACCGCUCGUUGAGAUUGUUCAACAUCUGUAUCCCUGUGCCAGGCCGUUCCGAAUCGGCCUGGAUGAGCACGGCAAAGUCCCGCGCAUCACCUUUCUCGAGGCCAAGCGUAUUCUGAGAGAGGAGCUUGGUCUCGAAUCAGACGACGGAAAGAACUUUACCGACCAAGAAGAAGCUGCCCUUGGCCGGCACUUUCGCGAGUCCCCUCGUCUGGGAAGUACAGACGUCUUCACCAUUGAUCAGUAUCCCGCGUCUAUGCGUCAGUUCAACUCGCAAGCAAACGCGGAUGCGCCGGGCUUCUCCAACACGUGGGAUACCAUUGUUGGCGGGCGGGAGAUUUGCUCCGGCAGUCAGCGCAUCAACUCGUAUGACGAGCUGCGCGAGGCCAUGCGCGCGGGAGUCUGUGGUCCGCCGCUGGACCCCGAGGUCGACAAGUGGCAGCCGUACCUGGCUGCAUUCAAGAGCGGCAUGCCGCGACAUGGCGGGGGGGGGGUGGGGGGGGGGGGGACGGGGUGA